AUGGAGAACUGCAGUGAGAACGACCACCCAUCAGAGCAUAUCCAGCAAAACCCACAAACGUUCUCAAAAUUAUAUCCAACCUACCACAACCUUCAUCAUCGCCUCCUCCGCCGCCGCCUCCGAGUCUACGUAAAGGGCCCCAUCAUCGUCGGAGCCGGUCCCGCUGGCCUGGCCACAGCCGCCUGCCUCCGCCACCGCGGCCUCCCCUCCCUACUCCUCGAGAAGGAGGACAGCAUCGCCUCUCUCUGGCGUCAUCACACCUACGACCGCCUCAAGCUUCACCUCCCCAAGCGCUUCUGCCACCUCCCUUUCAUGCCCUUCCCCUCCGAUUUCCCCACCUACCCGUCCAGGGACCAGUUCCUCUGUUACCUGGACGCCUACGCCCGUCGCUUCAGCCUCCGACCCCGCUUCCGGCAGCGCGUUGAGUCCGCCUUCUUCGACGUCGCGGCCGGCCUCUGGCGGGUGGCGGUCAUGGGAGGCCAACUGGAGUACCUGUGCAGGUGGCUGGUGGUUGCCACCGGUGAGAAUGCCGAGCCCGCCGUGCCGGAUUUAGCCGGGCUGGAGGCCUACGGGGGGAGGGUGGUGCACUCCAGCUGCUACCGGAAUGGCGGCGGACUGCAGCAGAAGAACGUGCUGGUUGUUGGGUGCGGCAAUUCCGGGAUGGAGGUGUGCUUGGACCUGUGUGAGCACGGUGCCAAGCCUUACAUGGUGGUCAGAAGCGGCGUUCAUGUGUUACCAAGGGAUAUGUUUGGAAUUUCGACAUUUGGGGUGGCCACGGGACUGCUGCGAUGGCUGCCAUUGAGAGUAGUAGACCUGAUCUUGGUGUUUUUAGCAGAGAGAUUAGUGGGUGACACCCAAAAAUUUGGUCUGAGAAGGCCACAUAUGGGUCCAAUGGAACUGAAGAACAAAACUGGAAAGACUCCUGUAUUAGAUGCAGGGGCCAUAUCUAUGAUCAAGAAUGGAAAGAUCAAGGUCGUGCCUGAAAUUGACUCAUUGACCUGCGAUGGCGCUAAAUUUGUUGAUGGAAAAGAAGUCGAAUUCCACUCUAUUAUUCUAGCAACUGGAUAUAAAACCAAUUUCUCCUCUUGGCUAAAGGACCCUGGUUCCCUCUCAGAGAAUGGCAAGUUCAAGUCCCCAUUUCCUCAUAGUUGGAAAGGAGCGGAUGGUUUAUACUUCGUUGGUUUUGCUGGAAAAGGCCUGGUGGGUGCUGCAACGGAUGCGGAGAGAACAGCAGCAGACAUAAAAAGGCAAUGGGGAAACUCUGAACGAGAACAACCAUUUCUUGCUGUACAAUGA